AAUUAGUUCAAUGUACCCUCAUUUGAAGUCACCUGAUAGUGAUGACAUAGAAGGCUCAGAAACACGGGACCAGCGAACAUUGGUAACAAAAAUUUACUCACUCCUUUCAGUUAUUUCUGGGGAUUAAUGACAGAUAGAUUUGGUAGAAGGCCUGUGAUAAUGAUCUGCCUUACAAUGACAUUGGUUGGCAUGGUUGGCUUUGGUCUAUCUGUCUCUCUGUACAUGGCCAUUGUUACCAGACUAUUUGUGGGACUUUCUGCAGGAAUUGUAGGGACAUGCAAAACAAUUGCUUCAGAAGCCAGUGAUAAUACUAAUCAGGCAUUGGCAAUGUCAGUCUUACUGACAUCAUGGAAUGUGGGACUCAUCAUUGGUCCAGCUAUAGGGGGAUAUCUUGCAGAACCAUCACUGAAAUAUCCCACUGUUUUUACACAAGAUUCACUUUUUGAUAGAUUCCCAUUUUUCCUACCCUGCCUGUUGAACUGUGCGGCACUCUUGAUUUCAAUUGUGUUGGCUUACUUCUACCUGCCAGAGACCCUUGUUAAAAGUGAUGGUGAGAACUCAUCAAGCAGUUCAGAAACUGGUGAAUUGGCCAUGCAAAGCACAGCCUCCAUUAGUUUAAUUGAUGGAGAUGAUGAAAAAGGCAGCCUCCAAAAAAAUAGUCUGGAAGAAACAGAGGAAGUAGAAAUAUUCAUUGGUGAUGUGCACAAAGAAAACAUUGAAGAUGACAUAAACUGUUGUGGUUUUAAGAGUUGCUGUUGUCCAAGACACAGAUGUUGUAAAUUCUUCAGAGACAGUAAUAUUGCAGUUUUACUGAGGGAUCGUGUUGUAGCCCUUGUCAUUUGUGUGUAUUGUGCACUUUCAUUUGUUGUCAUUGGUUAUGAUGAGUUGUUUUCUUUGUGGGCUGCCACAGGGUCUGAACUUGGUGGGCUUGGCUUUUCUACUGACCAGAUAGGCACUGCAUUACUUUGUGUAGCAGGACCUAUGUUGCUUCUUCAGUUAUGGGUAUAUCCAAAGCUUGAGAGGCGCCUUGGAUCAAUCAGGGUUUUUCAACUGGCAAACGUUGUCAUGGGAAUCUCAAUUGCUUCUUUGGCAGCCUUGAAUACCCUACAUGACAGGUUAGUUCCAAAGGAAUGA